AUGGUUAGAAAAGCAAUAGAAGAUAUUAGUUAUAGGGGUGGAAGUACUUUAACUUCAAAAGCUGUAGAAUUGGCUGUUCAGGAUUUGGAGAAAGGAAGAAGAGAUGACGCUUUACAAGUAAUUGUUCUGAUGAAUGACGGAAUGAGUCAAGAUCCAUGGGAAAAUGUUUUGGCUGCAAGUAAAAGACUUGCCCAAUCAGGGGCUGAACGUUUUGGAGUAGCACUUGGGGAGGAAGUAGAUUUAAGAGAAUUGGAACACUAUGUUGGGGAUAAAAAAAGAAUUUAUAGAGACGGUUCUACUGAACGAUUUUUGGAAGAUAUUGUUGGGCUAAUAAAUAAUAAUAUUAAAUGUGAUAAUAAUUCCGAAAAGAAAAUUGAAAAUUUGAAUAAAAACGAUAAAAAGAAUAAAGAAGGCGUUGGGGGUGAUAAUGGUCCUCGAGAAUUUGGAGAUUUUCAGGUAUACAUUAGGGUUGUUGGCGACCGGUUUUAA